AUGAUUUUGGAGAAAUCGAAGGCAAGCAACAGCUAUGAGGUUCUCUACAAUUACGGUACCCUCCUCCUUUAUCUUGGCCGAUUGGACGAGGCUGAGAAUACGCUGACGCAGGCUCUUCAUUUGGGUCGCAAACAGCUGCGUGAAGGAGGCGAAUUAGAAGUGGACGUGGAGGAAGAUUCGAGCGAUGAGCCUGAAUUAGACCCUAUUCGCAUUCAACUCGCUUUUAUCAAGAUUGCCCGUGGUAAAAACGAAGAGGCGGAGAAGGAAAUCCUCGCGGUGCUGAGUCAUCACGGUAUUAGCAAGAUCAUUGCUUCGAUUGCGACUUGCAAUCUCGCAGCAUGCAGAGGUUCAAAAGAAGCUGCAGAUAGUUUAAAGCGGCUGAAGUCUUUCCCUGCCGAUGUGAUAAAGAAGCUCACGCUGCAGCAGCGAUCAGCUAUCCAGUUUAACAUUGCUGUCCUUUUGCUCCUAUUGAAUCGGCGGAAGGAGUUCGAGGGAGUGCUGGAAGAAAUGCAGAGUUCGUCCCCCGCAAGUGUGACUGUUCUGAAGAGCUGCGAUCUUCUUUCUCACAGCAAGGAAGACGAAGCUAUUAAACAGCUUCAAGCGGCGAUACAGCAGAAACCAUCCUCGGAUCUGUGCUUGUUACUCAUCCAGGCCUUGCUGAAUCAACGUCGCUAUACGGAAGCACUUUCUGCCAUUGCCGCAUGCCCUGCUGAGUUGCUACGGACUUCGGGGUUGCAGUCGCUGUUCUAUGCUGUCUGCCGCCAUGUUCAGGACCAGAAAGAAGUGGAUACUCUGAUUCAGUCGAUGGUAAGCUCAGCAAUCUCAGUAUCGGAAGAACAGCAAGUCGAUUCUCUCCAAGCCACUGCUAAAUACUUCUUUGACACCCACCAGUACGACUUGGCAGCGACCCAACUGCGUUCUCUUUUGGAGCAUCCCACUUUGGACGCUCAAAGUCGAAUUGAGAUUAUUUCUCGUCUUGUGCUGGCUGCUUCUCAUUCUGCUCCCGAAGAAGCGAUCCGUCUAUCUGUGCAAUUGCCUGAAGUUGGCAUCCUAGAGAAUGUGGACAUGGAUAAGUUGGAAGAAAUGCUUUGCAGGCGCGACUAUCUGAAACACACACCCACUCCGUCCAUUCAAGAAAAUGCUAUGGAGACAGAGAACACGGAGCCAGCAAUGGACAUCGGAAACGUUCGGAAAAUUGUACCCCUUAUUUUGCUAGAAUGA